AUUUUAUGUAACUGUUGAAAUAUAAUAGUAAAGCCGUCCCUAUGCACAAAAUAUUUUGUAGUGUGAUAAAAGUUAUGUUAAUAACGUUAGUACAUUUUUAUAAACGUUUUACUAUUGUUAAAUGUUAAUGGUUUUUUUUAUGUUUUGUUUUUAUUAUUAUUAUCAUUAUCAGCUAUAACUUUUUCAAGAGAUUUACUGUAUUAAACAUUGGUCACCGACUACUGGUUCCAUUCACCGUGGUGUGAAUAAGAUUAGAUUUAUGUAUCAAUUAUUAUCGAGCUAAAAUCACGCCAAUAAGUCCAUACCACGAAACAAAAGAUUAUGAUGUAUCACGAACACUUGGUCGUUAAUAAUUAUCAACCCAUCGAUAAUUAUUAGAACGUUCUAUUAAACAAAAAUUAGAACUGCAGUCUACUAUUUGAUAUUCUGAGGAUAAGUCGGUUUACUCAGUGAAGGUCUAGUAAAAACAGGACAGUAGAACACACAGAUAUUCAUCGGUAAAGCAGUAUUUCUACAAUGGACAAGAGACUAAUGAAUAUCAGCAUAUUAGGCUUGGGUUUUAUGUUUGUAUUUACAUCGUUUUUGACCGUGAGCAAUAUCGAGAAAACAGUAUUGAAAAGUAUCGAAAAAGACGAUCCCUCAUUUACCGGCGACGGGUACACGAGUCUCUGUAUCAUAUAUGGCGUGUUUGCCUUGUGCAACUGGUUGGCACCGGCAAUAAUUGGCGCUAUUGGCAGCCGAAAAUCUAUUUACUUGGGAUCGACAUGUUACGUAUUGUUUUUGACGCCGUUCCUCUGGCCGUCCAACAUUCUGCUAUACACCACGUCUGUGUUGCUAGGUUUCGGAGCAUCGAUUAUUUGGACCGGACAAGGCACAUACCUGACCAUGAACUCGGAUUCGUCGACCAUAUCCAGGAAUUCGGGAAUAUUUUGGGCCAUGUCGAAAAUAAGCAUAUGCAUUGGAAACGUUUUUAUGAUAUUGGUGCUCCGUGACAAGACCGAGCUGAACGAAUCCACCAGAAAUCUGGUGUUCACCGUGCUGGCAGUGGUGUGUGGUUUUGGCACGCUUAUAUUGAUGGUCUUACGUCCGUCCGUGGACGCCGAUGGCAAGGAAAACGAAGUGAACUUACAAAAACCAAUCAGCGUGAUUCCGAAACAAGAACUGAGGGAUUCGAUGAGGCUUUUGAUGACCAAAGAUAUGCUCUUAUUAAGCACAUUGUUCUUGUUCACCGGUUUGCACGUAUCGCUUUACAGUGGCGUGUACAGUUCAUGCAUCGCGUUCACAAAGUCUUUAGGCACUAACACCAAACAACUGUUGGGCUAUACGGGAAUACUGGUCGGAGUCGGCGAAGUCACAGGUGGUUUGCUAUGCAGCGUUUUGGGUAAAAAGUCUGAGAGAUCCAAUUCAAAAUGCAGUGGACUAAGUCGUUCGACCGUGAUAAUUAUCAGUUUUUUCAUCAACAUCGUAGCGUACGGAUUGAUCUUUGUCAAUCUACCAAACGAUUCUCCGUUCGGCGAUACUUACAACAAAUCGAUUAUCAAACCUAAUUCACACAUGGCCGUAUUUUGCGGGUUCCUCUUGGGUUUAGGAGACAGUGGGUUCACCACGCAAAUAUACAACAUAAUCGGAGUGAAAUACUCGAAUAACAGUGCUUCUGCCACGUCAUUAUUCAUGUUUAUGCAGGCAACGUCAGCAGCCAUUAGCUUCUUUUACAGCAAUCAGUUUGGAAUCUACAUACAACUAAUUAUAUUGGCAAUAGUAAUGACCAUUGGCACUUUAUCGUUUCUCAUAGUAGACAAAUGUAUUAUCGUUUAAUAGUAUAUUAUAAGAAUAAGAAUGAUGAUA